GCGGAGGUGACCCCCUCGCCGGGGGGUUCCGGCUCCUUCAGCUACAGCCUGGAGGAGCACCCCAAAGCCGCCUUGGCCAUCAUGAACCAGCUCCGCCUGGACCGCCAGCUCUGCGACGUCACCCUCCGCGUCCGUUACCGGCACGACGUCCCCCCCGCCGAUUUCCCGGCUCACAAAAUCGUUUUGGCUUCCUCCAGCCCGGUUUUUAAAGCCAUGUUUACGACGGGGCUGCGGGAACGGGGGAUGGAGGUGAUCCCCAUCGAGGGGGUCCACCCGCGGGUGAUGGAGAGGUUGGUGGAGUUCGCCUACACGGCGUCCAUCUCGGUGGGGGAGAAGUGCGUCCUCCACGUCAUGAACGGCGCCGUCAUGUACCAGAUCGACAGCGUCGUCCGCGCCUGCUGCGACUUCUUGAUCCAGCAGCUUCACCCCAGCAACGCCAUCGGCAUCGCCAACUUCGCCGAGCAGAUCGGCUGCCUCGAGCUGCACCAGAAGGCCCGCGAGUACAUCUAC